UCUUUCUAUUUUAUUUUUAUUUGUUUUUUUUUUUUUUGUUUGUGCUCUCUGCAACUCUUCUUUGUCUUAAAGAAGAAGAAACAAUCUUCGAUCUUUUCAAUAGCUACUCUCUCUCUCUCUCUCGUUGCAAGCAAUAAAGUAAAAGAUAUACGAAAUGCUCUUCGCUUUUUGUGUGCGAAGCCAUGUGAGCUUAUUGAUACAAUUCUCUUCUUCUUCUUCUUGUUAAUUUUGUCACGCAUUCUCUUUGACCGAGUCACCGACUCAGAGAGUUACGAACUCUCUCUCUCACACACGCGCACUCCGAAAUGGCGUCUUCUUCUCGAGCAAGAAGCAGGUCGCCGUUUUCGCAUCGGAAACCUCCAAGUCCAUCUUCAUCUACUUCUUCUACUUCUUCGUUUGUACGCAACAAACUAAUACCUCGCACGUGCUCGUCGUCGGCGGCUUCCUACUUAAACUCGGCAGGUGGAUACGAUUCUCGAUCCAGGACGACGAGUCGGUCAAAGUCUGAUUCGGUGUACUAUGACUCACGCGGUUACAAUGCUAGUACACCAGUGGCUCACGCGCCGGAGGAGAUAAUAGGCGAACCGUUGGAAACGUCGAGAUCGGGGGACAGUAUUUCGGUUACGAUUCGGUUUCGGCCGUUGAAUGAAAGGGAAUUCCAGAGAGGGGACGAGAUUGCGUGGUACGCUGACGGGGAUAAGACUGUGAGAAAUGAGUAUAAUCCAGCCACAGCUUACGCAUUUGAUAGAGUAUUUGGACCUCAUGCAACUUCUCAAGAGGUUUAUGAAAUAGCUGCUAGACCUGUAGUGCAAGCUGCAAUGGAAGGUGUAAACGGAACUGUUUUCGCUUAUGGUGUGACUAGUAGUGGGAAGACGCACACUAUGCAUGGAGAUCAAAAUGCUCCUGGUAUCAUUCCAUUGGCAAUAAAGGAUGUGUUCAGCAUCAUCCAAGAUACUCCAGGGCGGGAAUUCUUACUCCGCGUGUCAUAUCUUGAAAUCUACAAUGAGGUGAUAAAUGACUUACUUGAUCCAACUGGUCAGAAUUUGCGUGUUAGAGAAGAUGCCCAGGGAACUUACGUGGAGGGUAUAAAGGAAGAAGUGGUUUUGUCUCCUGGUCAUGUUCUUUCUUUCAUUGCUGCAGGGGAAGAGCAUCGUCAUGUUGGCUCAAAUAACUUCAAUCUGUUUAGUAGCCGAAGUCACACUAUAUUUACCCUGAUGAUCGAGAGUAGCGCUCAUGGUGACGAAUACGAUGGAGUGGUCUUCUCUCAACUUAAUUUGAUUGAUUUAGCUGGAUCUGAGAGUUCAAAAACUGAGACAACUGGGCUAAGAAGGAAGGAAGGAUCUUACAUAAACAAAAGUCUUCUGACUCUUGGAACUGUUAUAGGAAAGCUAAGUGAAGGAAAAGCAUCCCAUGUUCCAUAUAGAGACUCCAAGCUUACCCGCCUUUUGCAAUCUUCACUAAGUGGUCAUGGACAUGUUUCUCUUAUUUGCACAGUUACUCCUGCAUCUAGUAAUAUGGAGGAAACUCAUAAUACCCUUAAGUUUGCAAGCAGGGCAAAGCGGGUGGAAAUCUAUGCCUCACGUAAUAAGAUUAUUGACGAAAAAUCAUUAAUUAAGAAGUAUCAGAAGGAAAUUUCAGUCCUCAAAGAAGAACUUGAUCAUCUAAGGCAGGGAAUGCUUAUUGGUGUUAAUCACGAAGAACUUAUGACCUUAAGGCAAAAGUUGGAGGAAGGUCAGGUGAAAAUGCAAUCAAGAUUAGAGGAAGAAGAGGAAGCUAAAGCUGCUUUAAUGAGCAGAAUCCAGAGGCUUACCAAGCUUAUACUUGUUUCUUCCAAAAACUCCAUAUCUGGUUUGAGUGAUGUACCGAGUCACCAAAGGAUUCAUUCUGUUGGUGAGGAUGAUAAACUGGAUGGGCAAGGAGCUGAAACGUUGGUCAUAGAUAGUGAGAAUCAAAAAGAUCCUUUAACUUCAAUUGCAGUGCUUGCUUCUGAUCCGUCUUAUGAGUUAAAGCACAGAAGAUCCUCCAGCAGAAGGAAUGAUGAGCUCUCACCAACUAGUAGUACUGCCACUGAGUCAACUCAAGCGGGUGAACUUAUUAGUGGGACCAAACUGCUGGCAGGAGGAAUGACAUCAGAUCAAAUGGACCUUCUUGCUGAGCAAGUUAAGGUGCUUGCUGGAGAAAUUGCAUUUAGCUCCAGUACCCUGAAACGCCUGCUGGAUCAGUCUGCAAAUGAUCCUGAUAGCUCGAAAUCUCAGAUUCAGAAUUUGGAAAGAGAGAUUCAAGAAAAAAGGAGGCAGAUGAGGGCUUUAGAGCAACACAUAAUUGAGAGUGGGGAAGCUUCAAUUUCUAAUGCAUCGUUUGUCGAAAUGCAGCAGACAGUUAUGAAAUUGAUGACACAGUGUAAUGAAAAGAGUUUUGAGCUUGAGAUAAAAUCAGCAGAUAAUCGUAUCCUGCAAGAACAACUGCAAAACAAGUGUUCUGAGAAUGAAGAAUUGCAAGCAAAGGUAACUCUCCUGGAGCAGCAGUUGGCAUCUCUCUCUGGCGAUAAACUAUCAUCUUCUGCACAUGGAAUAUCAGAAGAACAUGCUGAUGAGUUACGAAAAAAGAUUCAAUCUCAGGAGAUCGAGAAUGAAAAACUAAAACUGGAACAGGUGCAACUUUCAGAGGAGAACAGUGGGUUAUGUGUCCAAAAUCAAAAACUGGCUGAAGAAGCUUCAUAUGCGAAAGAAUUGGCAUCUGCAGCUGCUGUUGAGUUAAAGAAUUUAGCUGGUGAGGUGACCAGGCUUUCAGUGCAGAAUGCAAAAUUGGAGAAGGAAUUAUUGGCUGCGAGAGGAUCUGCUAAUCAAACCAUAAAUGGUGUUAACCGGAAGUAUAGUGACAGCACAGGACCUGGGAGGAAAGGGCGGCACUCUGGCCACUCUCAUGACUUUUCUGGAGCGGCUGGUGAUGACUUUGAAUUGUGGAAUCUUGAUCUAGAUGAUCUAAAGAUGGAAUUGCAGGCUAGGAAACAACGGGAGGCAGCUCUUGAAGCUACACUAGCCGAGAAGGAAUUCAUAGAAGUUGAAUACAGGAAAAAAGUUGAAGAAGCAAAGAAGAGAGAAGAAGCUCUAGAGAAUGAUUUGGCUAACAUGUGGGUGCUUGUUGCUAAGUUGAAAAAAGAGGGAGUUGCUACCCCCGAGAGUAAUACGGAUGAGCAGCAUGGUAAUAGUAUUGAUAAUGCCGACAAUCCAAAGGCAAACAGCAUCGAGAAUAACAGACAAGUGUCAGAUGUGUCAUCAAAACCAGCUAUUGAAAUGCCUAAGGAAGAACCCCUGGUUGUUCGCCUCAAGGCACGAAUGCAAGAGAUGAAGGAAAAAGAACUCAACUCCGUUGGAAAUGGAGAUGCCCAUUCCCAUUUAUGUAAAGUAUGUUUCGAAUCACCAAAUGCAGCAAUUCUUCUCCCUUGUCGGCAUUUUUGUUUAUGUAAAUCAUGUUCGCUUGCUUGUUCCGAGUGUCCAAUUUGUCGCACAAUGAUUGCGGAUAGGCUUUUUGCAUUCACUUCCUGACACAGCUAUUGAUACCCUCCUAAUCAAGGGUUUCGUGAUCGUAUGUGUUUGAUAUUUUCAGUGUGUACACCGGGGUAAUUCUUUCAUUAAUUUGUAACUGUUUAAAAGGUAUGUCAAUAGUUUGUUCUCUACCUCACUCAGGGCUGUAAAAAAAAAAAAAAACAGAGAUUUAUUAAAGAUUAAAAAGGUUUCUAAAGAAGGGGUAAAAAUCACUAAAUGCAGAAAUUCAGAUGCAAAGCUGUUGCAUAGUUUUAAAUUUGCAGCAAAGGGAGUGUGAUCAUUAAACAUGGAAAUUGUUUUGUACAUAAAUGAUUUACGCCUCUUAUGAAGUGGGUUUUCAUACUUUAUAAAAUGUUCUUUUUUUUGUUUGUUCAUAA